GCAGGAGUCACCGACCAUGGCUGGGCUUGCGGAGAAUAUGCUGGGAAUAUCCAACGAGGAAGAAGGGAAGACGACCAGGGUACAAUGCACCACCACCGCUUCUCCAGAAGCCUUCACCCUCGAGGUUUACCACUCAUGGUCUCCUAACGGCGCGGAGCGAUUCGUGGACCUGGUGAAGGACGAUUAUUUCACAGACGUGGCUUUGUUCCGGUGUGUAAAGAACUUCCUCGUGCAGUUCGGCAUCUCGCCGUACGUGUCUUCUCCGAAGAAGAAGUUCUGGAGAGAGAAGGGGCCCAUAAAAGACGAUCCCAACCUGCAAAUUAGCUUCAAGAGGGGGAUGCUAAGCUUUGCUGGGAGUGGGCCUAACUCGCGCGGUACACAGGUCUUCAUCACGUUUGCAGACAUACCACACCUGGGCAAGACCCCAUGGGAAACCCCUCUCGGCAUCGUCACGCAGGGGAUGGACACGGUUGUGGACAAGUUUUACACCGGCUACGGCGACCAGCAGCCCUUCAACCAAGAUGGCAUUAACCAGGGCACUUUGCAGUCACGCGGGAACGCAUACUUGAGGGAGGAAUUCCCAGAAAUAUCGUACUUGAAGGAAUGCCGCGUGGUUGGCGAAACGGUCCCGGAGGAGCACGCUUCCGCACGAGUAGAAAAACAACAAGAAAAACCUGGGGGAGAAUACGGCGAUGUCUUGAGGCCCCCCCCGGUAAUGAUGAAGGACGAGUUUAUUGUGCCGCAAGCGGCGGAGAUGGCCGUGCCGCAAACGCCGAAGGAGCUUGCCGGUGGGAGGGACGGCGACGGGACGAGCCCCAACCAAAGCGUUAGCUUUUCGGCAAUCGUGUUCCUCGCUUUGGCUCUCGGUGCCGUUGUGUUGGUCUGGAAGAAGAGCAAGAAGGACGAACGAAGCGUUCGCUGAAACUCAAGAAAGGGUUGACCUGACUGACCGGUCAUGCAAUGGCCGUGAGAAGAACGUUGCACGGCAGGUCGCCGGGUUGAAGAGGAGAAGGAGGACCCCUGCCGGACGUGGGCUGCUUGCCAAGUGUCGUGUAGAUGGGUUUUUGGUCGGUUUGCGUUGGUUGUGAUGUGAACACUCUAGGUUUUUCAGAGGUCGUCGUUGUGUACAGUAGACCUCAGUGUAUUUAGCAAUUUGUCGUGAUUUGCGUGCGGUGCAGCAACGCCUCGCCUUUUGAUGCUGAAAUCCGGUUCAGAGGCCCCAAGGGCACCAUUUUGACUGCUGCUGCUGCUGCUGCUGCUGCUGCUGU